AUGAAACCUGCCCCAGUGAUCAACAAGAAUCCCCAACUCCUGCACAAUCUCACACUUGGCUACAACAUCCAUGACAACUAUUUGAACACACUUGGAACUUCCGAUGCCUUGCUGGACAUGCUCUCUACUGGAGAAGCCAAUGUUCCCAACUACAGAUGUGGAAAGAAGGACAACCUCUUGGCUAUUCUUGAUGGAGCUGCCAGAGACGUCUCCUUCCAGAUGUCAACAUUAGUAGGACCCUAUAAAGUUCCACAGAUCAGUGAUGUACCUGUUUCAGAGGCUCUGAGUGAAAAAAGUCAAUUCCCUUUUUUCCACCAGAUGUUCCAGAAAAAAGGGAUCGAGUACCCAGGAAUAGUUCAACUACUUCUCCAUUUCAGAUGGACCUUGAUUGGUCUCUUUGCUUCAGACACAGAAAAUGGAGAGAAUUUUAUGAGGACGUUUCCUCCUUCACUUGUCAGGAGUGGAAUUUGUGUUGUUAUAUCACAACAGUUCUCAGCAACUGGAAAUAUAGCACCCCUCAGGGACGCUCUCUCUAAAUGGAGACAAGUCAAUGUCUUUGUUCACUUCAUGGAAUAUGUUUCCUUGGCAGAGAGGAUUCUUCCUUUCCACUUAGCACUUAGACAUUUGUCAGGACCCAUUGAAGGGAAAGUCUGGGUCAUGACAGGCGUGGGGCAAUUCAGUGCAAAAAGGCACAGACUUUUCAAAUACAUCCAUAGCAUUUGGACCUUUGCUUUUCAAGGUAAAAACAGGACAAAAGAUUAUGCCUUUGAGCCCACUCUCUUUGUGGAACGACAGUUUAAAGAUCAGUCUUUUCACUGUUUUUUUUCAAAGUAUGUCUUCUCUGUCAAAGGCCGGAGAAGAUGCACCCAGAAAGCACCACUGGAGACCCAAGAGAAAAAAAACAGAAACUAUGUGACAAAUAACCACCAUGUUUACAAUGUAGUUAAGACUCUGGCCCAUGCUUUGAAUGCUGCAUAUUCCUCUAGAUCAAGAAGGAGAAGGAAGGAGGACAAAGAGAGUUUGGUGGCUUUAAGGCUGCAGCCAUGGCAGUCUCUUCCUCAGUCCCAAUGUAUGGAAAAUUGUCAACCUGGAUUUGUCAAGCAGAAGCGUGAAGGAGAGCCAGUUUGCUGCUAUGACUGUGUUCCUUGUCCAGAGGGGACCAUCUCUACUCAGGAAGAUAUGGAAAAAUGCACCAAGUGUCCAGAUGAUGAAUAUCCAAAUGAGGACCGAGUCCAGUGUAUCCCUAAAGUUAUAACCUUCCUGUCUUACGAAGAACAUCUGGGCAUCAUCCUUGUCUCUCUUGUCUUAUUUUUUUCCCUAACCACAGGCCUCAUUCUAAUCAUAUUCAUUAAAUACCUAGAAACUCCCAUUGUCAAAGCUAAUAACCGGGACCUCUCUUACAUCCUUCUGGUUUCCCUCCUGCUUUGCUUCUUGUCUUCUUUUCUCUUCAUUGGUCAACCAAAGAAAAUCACCUGCCUUCUCCGACAAAUACUUUUCAGCAUCAUCUUCUCAGUUGCCAUUUCUUGUCUCUUGGCCAAAACCAUCACAGUAGUGCUGGCUUUCCUGGCCACAAAACCAGGAAAUCAAAUGAAAAAAUGGUUGGGGAAGAGCUUGACCAACUCCAUCAUCCUUUCUUGUUCUGCUGUCCAAAUUAUGACCUGCUCCAUCUGGUUGGGGGUUUCUCCCCCAUUCCCUGAUGUUGACCUCCACUCUCAGCCAGGAGUGGCCAUCCUGCAAUGCAACGAAGGCUCUGUUGUCAUGUUCUACAUCACCCUCAGCUACAUGGGCUUCCUGGCUGCCAUCUGCUUCACGGUGGCUUUUCUGGCCAGGAAUCUCCCUGCAGCCUUCAAUGAGGCCAAGCUGAUCACCUUCAGCAUGCUGGUCUUCUGCAGUGUUUGGAUUACCUUUGUCCCUACCUACCUCAGCACCAAAGGGAAAUACACGGUGGCUGUUCAGAUCUUCUCCAUAUUGUCCUCCAAUGCUGGGCUGCUGGGCUGCAUCUUCAUCCCCAAGUGUUACAUUAUCAUUCUAAGGCCAGAACUGAAUACAAAGGAGCAUCUAACAACCAGAAGAAAUGGGAAAAUUUGA